ACAGAAGGCAUCAACUUUUUCAGCUGGGGUAGAAAGUGAGCUCUGGAAAGUAGCUGUUCAGAUUAGGGAAGCACCAAGGCAAAGGACGUGUUUUGGACCGUCUCGUUCUCUAGCUUCUUUCUUUCCAGAACAGCAGGGCUGUUCCACUGACUCACCAUGAUGCAGACUGUGCUGCUCCUUUGCUUUGUCCUGCUGUCCCUGGUGACUGCCUUUCCAAGAAAUACCCAGCAUGGGACCCUGAACUUCCAGCCAUCUUUCACAGAGACUGAGCGUCCAUCAAACAUGCUCUCCAGCCAGAUGUCCCUCCCAGAUCCCAGGAUCUGCCAGCAUCUCUUGCACACAGCCCCCUCCUUAACCCCUCUGCCCAAAUACCUGUCCACCUUAUCUCUAAGAGUGGUCCUGGAGGACAUUGGGUGCCCAAUUGAGGCUCAUAUUCUGCAGCUUCAGCUCAUUAGGUUGGGAGGAAAGGACACCACUGAAACCCUCAUCCACGAGAGUCAAAAACUCAAUGAGGAGGAAGGGAUUGGCCAUGCCAACACAGUUCUGAGGGAUCUGGGGGGAUCCCCAGGGGAUCAUAGGCGGGUCCAGCGUGCAGUUACCCUUUCUGAAGCAUGUACCUCUAGGCAUGGGUGGGUGUUGUAUGAGAUAGCAAUGCUGAUGGUUGAAUUUGCUGAGAAGCUCCCUUCCACUGAGCUGGUAACAGAGUUCAAGACUUCUGCCAUCAAUGUCACCCAGAAGUGCACAGAUGAGUCUUGGGUGCAUUUGGAAGAAGUUGGCAAACGACUGAUGAAAAGUCCCGAACUUAAGAACCUUACAAUGCCUAUAGAAGAUCAGAUUUACUUUGUCAUGCGAAUCGGGGCCAUUCUGAAACAUAUUAUACUGGAUUUGAUACAGCAUUAUUUCCAGGCCUAUUUCGGAUAGGGAAGGACCCUUAGUUGAACAACUUUCUCAAAAGUCUCUGAUAGGCCUGUGUACAGGGACUGACAACAGUAGGUAGUUAGAAAUGUUGGGAACAGCUGGAGACAUGCGUGUUCUUCAUUUAAUCCCAGUGCCAAAAGACAUUAUGUCACCAGGAUCACCCUUGCCUCUCUCAAUGUGUCCUACCUAGCCCCUAUUUCUUCUCCCAAUUUCUCUUUCAUUCAGUUAUCAAAUACUGUGGAUUUAUUAUGUAGUAGGUAUGAAAGGCAAUCUUUCCCCAUUCAUCUUCCUUAUACAUCCUAAUUUCCUAACCAAAUGCUAUUGCUUGCUUAUGUUAAUUUUUAACUGACAAUAAAAAUAAUUA